AUGGAUAAAGGUUUAUCAAAUAUGUCUAUAGAAACUAUAAGAUAAUCUGAAAUAUUAGAAGGAAUCUCCUAAAAAUUUCUAGUAGAUAAAGCUACCCAAACAGAUGAAGUGAAAUAUGUAAAGGUUUAAAAGAUUAAUUUUGGGUCAUUAAUAUUUUUAUUGUUGGGGAUAAUCAUUUCAUUUGUCAUUUAUGUAGAUAUAUAAGGCAAACUUAAUAUUCAGUAAUAACAGCUGGAGUAAAAACGAAAAGUUCAUAAAUCAUUUAAUUUAGGGAUGUAUUUUAGAUUAUGAGAAAUAGAAAUGUUUUCUAUAAUUACCGGCAUAAAAAAUAUUUUGUAGAGAAUUGGAAUUAUGUAUAAAUGUGGAUUGGGAAUUGUAAAGAGGAAUCGAAUUAAGUGGUAUAAUUGCUGAUAUGAUAAACAAUUUCAUAGAUCGUAUUAAUUUAAGAGUAAAAAUAAAUAUACUAUUUUUAAGACAUAUUUACUUUUAUUAAUUCCAUUUAUUGCUCUAUCCUUAGGUAUAAUAAAAAUGAUCUUUAAAUGA